AAAGCGUGUGGAAGGGCGGUGAAGAGGCAGAACAAAAUCAAAGCAUCAAAGUGUUGAAGGCAGACUUGAGGUUUGAAGAAGAGGCACUGAAGGAAGAAUCAGUAGAAAAAGAAGAUCAGAGCCAUCUACAGGAUGAAGACGUGCACUGCUGUUGUGUUCCUGAGUCUUCUCUCAUUGGGACGCUCCGCUCCUCAGACCAGCUGUGACAGUCUGGUUAAACCCAUAACUAUCAGCAAUGAAGAAAUGUUGGGGAAGUGGCUGUACUUCGGAGGGAGCUCUGACAUCCCAGGGAGUCGCUCCCUGGCUCACCUGAUGACCAGCGUCUGGCUGGACAUCACUGCAACCUCCCAGAGCAACGUCCUGAAUCUUGUCCAGACUCAGAAAAUUGUCGACGAAUGUUCGAGUUUCACAUACAACGUGACUUUUGAAAACAGCACAAUGCUAAUUGAGAAACCGUUCUACCUGAAAGAAGUCUACCUGCCGACUGACUGCUCUGACUGUCUGUCUGUGUAUGAAGAAAUCAUCUCUGGCACGGACACUUUCAAAAGUCUUCUCCUUUUCAGCAAGAGCAACAACGUCUCGUCUGCUGCUGUAGAAAUGUUGAAGACACAAGCAGUGUGUCUCAAGAUGCCGUCACCCAUAAUGACAGAAACCGAAGAAGAAAUCUGCCCAGUCAACCUCGCACCCUCAGAGGGGCUCAGUGCUCUAAACGAGUUAUUAGAGGCCAAGAUGGGACAUCGACUCGCAAGAUUCCUUGAUACUAUAUUUGAUUUAUUUGUGAACUGAUGGAGUUUUGAUCUCCCUGAAGUUUUUCAUGUGGUAAAAGUAUGACAAAGAAUUUUUUUUUUCUGUCCCAAUGCAGGCGAGAAAGAACAUUGGAAGCAGGUAUAAUAUCAAUCAAACCAAAAUGGCAGACCGAUAGCUUUCUAAUGAUCAUAAUAGUUAUUGUAUUAGCAUCAUUAUUUCAUGGCAUUCAUGUUAUGUUUAGACGUGAAAGCAAAGAAAAUGGACAGAAAUAAAUUAAAUUCCUUGUAAAAAGUUUUUGCCCAGUUUUUAAAGGAGCAAUAUGUAACUCUGACACCUAGUGUUUAAAAUGGGUACUGCAGCCCAAAUUCAAAACAUUGAAGAGAGCUGUCUCCCCCCGCCCCCUGCUCUCUACAGUCGAUGCUCACACAGGUCACCAUGUGGUGGACUCUGAAGCUUCAGUGUUUAUCCAGCUCUGCAUGGGUCUGUAAACCUUUCUGUGUUCUAACCUCUCUCCAUUUUUCAAAAGCAUCUCCAAUAUUGAUCCUAGUUUGAGCACGUUUCUGCUCGUGGAGCUAAUUAGAAACAUGCAGAGGCUUUUUAUGUCCAAUACCUUCUCUGGUCCAAACAAAUCCAGACCGUUCUGCACCAGAAUCUAAAGUUAGAAGGAGGACAUACUGGCUGCUGCGUUGUUUUCAGAGAAGCCAGCACUUCAACAUAGCAUGUUUCCUUAAUGUCUGAAGGUAAUGUUUCAUGAUUUAUUUAAAUCAGUAGAUAUCUUACAUAUUGCUCCUUUAAACUUACUCUCGUAACACAAUAAAGGAAAAAAAAAAUUAAGAAGGAAUAACAUCUGGGUGCUUGUGGCCUAUAGUGUUUGUUUGUUCACACUGCCCAUGUACAGAGGCUGUAGUCCUCAAAUCAGUCAGCCCUGGUUCAAAAUCUGGCCUGUGGCUCCUUUGCUGCUUGUCAAUCCCCACUCUCUCUCUCUCCCUGAUUCUCAA